CAAUAGUCUGUUCAUAAAACUAAGGAAGAAGAAGAAGUAGGAGCAAACUUGCCCGCCAAUUUCGAAGGAUGUAAACAGUGCUGUCUUUCUGCCUCUGUUAAUCGAAAUGUUGUGAAAAAUAUAUUUUACCAGGAAACUGAGAAUAUUCGGCUGUCAACAAUGAAUUCCAGUGGGAAAGGCUCUGCUGAUUCAGCUCACCUUGCUGCCAGCAGUGAGAGCGACUCUAUUAAAGUCUUUGUCAGAGUACGACCUCUGACCCGGGACACUGGGCUGACCACAGAUGGCGAUCAGAACCUGUGUCUCUCUGUCACGUCACCAAACACCAUCCGUUUGCUCGCAAAACCAGAACCACGAACCUUCACCUAUGAUCAUGUUGCUGAUAUGGACACCACACAGGAUGCUGUAUUUUCCAGUGUGGCCAAGAAUAUUGUUGAGUCGUGCAUGAAUGGAUAUAACGGUACAAUAUUUGCCUAUGGACAAACAGGCUCUGGAAAAACCUUCACCAUGCUUGGGCCAUCCGAGCUGGAUAAUUUCACAGAUGAUCUAAGGGGGGUCAUUCCUCGAAGUUUUGAGUACCUGUUUUUUCUCAUCAACAGGGAAGUGGAAAGGUCUUCUCAGUCCAAGAGUUUCCUCUGCAAAUGUUCAUUUAUUGAGAUAUACAAUGAACAAAUUUAUGACCUUCUGGACACGGCCUCAGCCAGCCUUUUUCUCAGGGAGAACAUCAAGAAAGGUGUCUUUGUUGAGGGAGUCGUGGAGAAGUUUGUGAACUCAGCGGCUGAAGCGUACCAGGUGCUCUCUAUGGGCUGGCGCAAUCGACGUGUGGCCUCUACCUCGAUGAAUCGCGAGUCUUCGAGAUCCCACGCAGUGUUCACUAUGACUUUGGAGUCCAAGGAGUCCAUCAAUGAAGUGGUGAACAUCCGAAUGUCUCAGCUGAACCUGGUUGAUCUGGCAGGAUCUGAGAGGCAGAAAGACACACACACAGAGGGCUCGAGAUUGAAGGAGGCCAGCAGUAUCAAUCGCUCCCUCAUGUGCCUUGGCCAGGUGAUCAUGGCGCUGGUGGACGUGUCUAAUGGAAAGAAUCGCCACAUCUGCUACAGGGAUUCAAAGCUCACCUUUCUGCUCAGGGACUCUCUUGGAGGGAAUGCCAAGACUUACAUCAUAGCCAAUGUCCACCCUGGUUCAAAGUGUUUUGGAGAAACAUUGUCCACCCUGCAGUUUGCCCAGAGAGCAAAGUUGAUCAAAAAUAAGGCUGUCAUCAAUGAAGAUACACAGGGAAAUGUGAAGCAGCUGCAGGCUGAAGUGAAGAAGCUGAAGGAGCAGCUUGCUCAGGCGCUCACAUCUCAGGGAGUGGACUAUGGGAGAGACAUAGCACCAGGAGGACCUGAACUUCACAUGGGCUCAUCCAUCGAGACUCAUCAUGAUGUCUCAUAUAAAGCAAAGUUUAUGUCUGCUGUUCGUCUGUGGAAGAAACAAGAUGAGGAAAAAAAGGCGCUACUCACCAAGGUGGCCCAACUAGAGGAGGCCUGGGCGCAAAAAGACAAGUUUAUCCAUUCCAGCCGAAUGAUUGUCAGGUUUCGAGAAGACCACAUCUCUCGUCUGGAGAAAAAACUGAAGGCAGGGGAAAACUCGCUGUCAGACAAGGACUCUCAGGCUCUGAUUGAUCAGCUGAAAGAAGAGAUUAAGAUCUUGAAGGAUCAGGUUGAACAUCACCCAAAGAUGACUCGCUACGCUGCAGAGAAUUACAGCCUCAGAGAGGAGAACCGUCAGCUACGUUCGCUUGAAUCAGUGGUGAAAGCUCAAGAAGUUGCAGCCCAAGUUGCUGUGGAGAUUGAAGAGGCCUUUCAGAAAGCUGUGGAGUCAGAGAGACCCACAGAAACUUCAGAAGUCUCUUCAGCCUCUGUGGCUACAGAUACCACCUCGGCAGCGACAAUUGAGAAACUCAAUGCCAAGCUCCUUCAGAGACAGUCAGACCUGACAGGGGCCCUUCAGGCUUUUGAAGAGUACAAAGAUGUCACCAAGAAGCAGAUGGCUCAGCUCGAGUCUGAGAAACGAUACCUUGAGAAGUCCAACAAACAUUUGGAGAAGAUUCUGGAAGCUACAAAUGCUUAUAACAAACAGGAGGUUUCUGAACUGAACCGAAUUCAUGUUGAAACUCUAAAGAUUCUCAGCACGCCCACCAGAGGAUACAACUUGCGGUCCCGCCUCGUGCCGCUCUCCAGCCCGGAGCACCUGAAUGGGAUGGACGGUAAUGAAAACGGCAUUUGGUCGGAGCAGCCUCCAUCAGACAUGACUGAGAUGGCCCUGACGGAGGAACUGCGUCAAGUGCAGGAUCAAGCUAGCCGCAUCCAGGCGCAGUUGAAUGAAGAGGAGCUGAAGAACAGCAAGGUGCUGCAAGAAAUCGCCAAACUUGAGGAACAGGUGGCUGUGAUAACUCAGGAAUCUGACUGCAAGGACGAGCAACUUUCUACUGAAAGAAAUAACUGGAAUAAAGAUCAACUCUGUCUGCAAGAAACUAUUAACAACCUGCAACAGAGCCUUCAGUCUGAACAGCAAGCUGCAGAAGUUCUGAGGAGCGAGAUCCGUGACCUGCGCUUGGUGCUGCAGUCGUCCGAUAAGGAGCUGGCCUCUGUGAAGAACAAGCUAAUAGACAGUCAGAGCGAGCAGCAGAGAGAGAUGAGUCAGCUCUCCAACAGUCUGAUCAGCACACAGCUCCAACUUGACAAAGUCCAGCUGGAGUGGGAGCAGCUUCUGGAGCAGCAUCGGACACUUCAGGAUUCGUUUGACCAGCUUCAAGCUGAGGCCAAGUUUGAGGCUGAUCAGUCAAGACAGCAGCUGGAUGACAGGCAGAAGGAGAUCGACGAACUGAAAGCCGAGAUCAUGAAAUUGAAUAAUUCUCUGCAAACUGAGCAGGAGCACACAAACACCUUAGUCUCCCAGUUAAAGGAAAACAAAGAAAGUACAUCAAAGGAACUUCUUGAAACAGUGGAGCAGAAUACACAACUCAAAAAACAAGUCUCAGACUUGAUAACACAAAAUCAACAACAGGUGUCCACUCUUGCUGAUCUUGAACAAAAUCUUACCUCUGCCAAGGAAAGCAUAAAAAGCUUGGAACAGAAGACUGAACAGGACAAAGAUGUUGUUUUAGACCUUAUUAACCAAACCAGAGACCUCCGCAGUGAGCUGAGCCACAAGGACCAGACCAUUGUUCAUCUUAAUGAAGAUAUCAGAGACAUCACUGCCAAAUGCAACGCUGCAUGCUGUGAAAGGGACAACAUCAAGGAGCAAAAGUGUAAGAUGCAGGAAGAAAUCUGUGACCUGAAAGAAACUUUAGACAGGAGGGUGGCAUCCAACAAAAUAGAGGUUGAGGUUUUGCAGGAGGAGAUUGUUUAUGCCACUGAGGAGGUUGAAAGGCUUACUAAAGUCUUAGAUGAGCAAAACAGCCUCCUGCAGGCAUCUCAAGAGCAAACCGCCAAGAAGGAUGUCAUUAUACAGAAUCUGCAGCAGAAGCUGCAACGACAGCAAGAAGCUGUCGAGAAAACUAUCAGGAAUGGAGCUUUCCAGCCACCCGUUGAGCCGACAGUAACGCCUAAAUCGUUUCCUCGGACACCCUGUACCCCUGGAAGUUUCAACAGGGACCUGAGCCAGGUGCUGGAAAUCCAGGAGCGGGAGCUGGAGAAUAGACGCUCUUCCAUGAUGACCAUGGAAAUUCUUUUAUCAGAGCUGAAUGCUGAGAGAGCUGCCAAAAAUGAGGAAAUCGAACGGCUUAAGACGCAGCUCAGUGAGAAAGAGAUGGUUCGAAUGGAGAUCCAGGCUUUGCUUGAUAAGUUUUACACUAAGCAGAACCAGAUGACCCAAAAUGGAAAUAAUAAUGGUGAAGAGUUGAAUGAAGCCUUCAAGCACUCCAUUCUUAAAGAGCUAGAUGAGGAGAGAACAGAGAGGAGCAAAAUGAUGCAGAAGCUUUCAGAAACUCAAAAAAAAUUGCAGGCGCAGGAGUCUAUGUUGGUUCAGUCUCAGACCUGCAUUCAAGAGCUCACCACUGAGCUGAGAAACCGCUGUCUAGAGCUGAGAGAGACGAACCAGAGGAUAGUGGAGGAAGAGAAAUUAAUCCAGGAGAUUGAGGUUCUCCGUAAACAGAACAUUAAGCUGUCUGAGGAGAAUGGAAAACUUGUGGGACACAAGAAUCACAAACAGAGGAUUGAGUAUCUCGUUAAGCUUAAGAAGGACAACACAAAACUUCAGGAGGAAAACGAAAAGCUCCGAACGGAGAUUAGCUUAAUGCGAGAGAACACUGGAUGUCCACCGCUGGAGUUAAACCUCUGAUGCUUGUUUGAACGGUCAAAUCUUUUUUUUCUUUUUUCUUUUUUUAAAUAUAAGUUUAUGUUUUUUCUGCCAUAAUGUUAUUCUACUUCUGUUUUUUGGACUUUGACACUGUGCUGUGACUAAACCUCUGUUAGUGCAGGCCCACGUUUUCUUGGUCCUGUUAGGUUAGAUUGAUAUCACGUUGUUCUCUGGUUAUGGAGUCUGUGUUCACAUUUUGUCGGUGUAUAUGCUUGGUGCUGUGUUGUAUGACUGAAGAUUUGAAUUCUGUACAUGGCAUUGUUAGUUGCCGUUUUACCAUUGUAGUGAUGUAUAUCCAAUGAAUUUCUUUUUCUUUUUCUUU